AUGGGCGGCAGCCUACCCUUUGAGCUAAUCGCUCAAAUAGCUUAUUAUCGACGACAUGACCUACAAAACUUCAUCACCCAGUAUGCUCUGGUUUGUCGGCAGUGGCAGGCGGCUUUUGAGCCCCACAUCUACGACAGAAUCUCUGUACACAGCGAAGAUUUCAAGACUGGAAAGGGCAACAUCUCGCUCGCUCACUAUCGGGCGAUAACGUCUAAUUCGGACCACGCCCGUGCUCGGCUGAGUAUGCUGAAGGAAAUUCGGUACCGCGUGAUCCUACCGUUCGAUCUGCCCGACUGUCAAGGCGUAAUAACUGAGGAGGCUCGACAGACGUAUACGCCCGACAACGCCACAACACGCGCAAACAACGCCGCGUUCCAAGCCGCAAUUGUGGAAUUCUUCAACCUUCUAACCACGAUACCCGCCGAGACCCGCGUGACCCUUAAAAUGGAGACUCUCGGCCGCGAGGUCGGCCACGAGCCAGGCACAGAGGUGUCGUUGAACCCCUGGGACAGGCCCGACGGAGCGCGAGGUCACUGGGUCGUGCGCCCGUAUAGGGCCGAGCUUGCUGACAAUAAGUGUCCUUUACCUCGCGUACUAUGUGUGGACCAAAUCGUCGCUGAUGGAGCUUGGUACGCCUUUGGCAAGGGUCCAGGCCAUGAGCCGUAUCACGAUACGAAGCACAUCCGGCUCGAGACAGCGUGCUAUAUUGCACAGGCCUGUCCGACUUUGUCUUACUUUCGAUGGGAAGUGGACGAUGUCGCGAGACCGGAGCAUUUUGAUUACGCGCUGGAGCGACGGAGAGGUUUUGCAGAGAGCCUCCUCGACCUCCCUGCCACACUUCAGACACUUGAUAUCAGUUCUCUCACUGCGGAAGUCCUGCACGACAGUCUUCCGGCACCAGUCCUGUUCGCUGAUGAAAAUGAUCUUCUGUCAACGAAUCUCCGGCGCCUCAGUGCCCGUCUCCGCCAGCUACACCUUUACGAAGUGCCCGUUGCAAAUGACUUCUUGUGCCCGCUCGACGACAACGGCGAACCAAGACCUGGAGAGCGGCUUGGGUGGCCCAAUCUUUCCGAAAUCAUCAUUACUCGGCCGAAUUUUCUUCCCUCUGGCGAAUGGCUCCUAGACCCAGACUCCAACGUCGAAGACCCCGGAAUCGACAUGGACGCACUCGCCGACCCAGACUUCGACUACGGCGAGGAAGUCCACCGACUUGUCGGCGAAGAUGCGUAUUACUGGCGCUCACAGUUAAAGUCCGAACUGUACCGUCUGAGCCUCAUUUCUCUCGGGUACGCGGCGCGGCAUAUGCCCCGUUUGGAGUAUAUGAGUGUCGGCUUGUCUCUCUACCCGCAUUCGUCCCUGUAUUUUGCCAGGGAGGAUCAGGUGACGGGAAAUGGGGAGCGGGUUGGGGACGCUACCCUUACGUUUGAGGAGGAGAAUGACAGGUAUGAUGAAGAUGCAUAUCGAAAGGUGCCUCAAGCAGAUGCGAGGGUUGCGCGCGCUUGGAGGUUUGAUUUGGGGGAGCUGGAGACUGAGAUUGUUGAGGGGAAGAUUGUCUCGAAGGUGAACGUGUCCAGAAGUAUCUCCUAG